GUUUGCUAAAAAAGAAGAAGAAGAUCUUUCUGCAGAGUGAUCCGAAGAUCUGGAUAAAACAUCUUCUCUGUUUUCAGGUCAUCAUCACAGCUGACAGGCUGCAUUGUUAAACGGUCAAACAUCUGUUGAUGGCUGAAACAAUCUUUUGACGUUUUCUCCAGAGCUCCUGGAUCAAACUGUGUCCUCUGCACUAAACCAUGGGAGAUGAUAAAAGGCUCUGUUGUGGUGAACGUAGUGGGAGAUACAGUUCAGAUGGGAGGAGAGAUGAUCCAGACCACAGAGAUAGUCCAGAGAGGGGACAAAAGCGCCACAACGGUGAUAGAUCUGAUGAUGAAUAUGACAGGGAUUAUGAGGAGGAGAGCAACACUAUCAUACUGAAGGGUCUCCCUCUUGAUGUCAUAGAGGACGAUAUCCGCGCAGCGUUCUUGCUGCUCGAGGGUCCCCACCCUGUGGAAAUUCGCUUGAUGAGGAAAAGGAGAGGUGUAAGCCGAGGUUUCGCCUUCGUGGAGUUUUAUCGCUUGCAAGAUUCUACCCGAUGGAUGGAGACCAAUCAGAACAAGCUGGUGAUACAGGGGAAAAGCAUUGUGCCGCAGUACAGCGACAGGGUACAGAACGUUGAAAACUGGACUUGCACUGCAUGUGGCGUGAGCAAUUGGAACAACUGGAAGAAGCUGAAGUGUUUUAGGUGUGGAGCAAACAAAGUUGUCGGGGAAUCGGUGGCACCAAAUACAAAUUUAAAUGCUGAAUCUCAACAGCAAGGAGAAUAUAAUGGAGACACAAUCAUUUUGAGAAACAUCACCCCUUUUUCAACGGUCGACGGGAUUUUGAACAUGUUGGCGCCCUACGCCAACCUGUCAGCAGGCAACAUCCGCCUCAUCAAACACAAGCCAAAAGGACAGAAUAGAGGCUUUGCCUUUGUUCAGCUCUCAACCCCCUCGGUGGCUUCUCAGCUGCUCGCCGUUCUCCAGAGCCUUCAGCCGCCUCUGACACUGGAUGGAAAUACAAUCGGCGUGGACUAUGCCAAGACUGUUAGGAAAGAUGGAACUGAUGGGAUCAAGGUGAAUGCUCUCUCUGUUGCCAGCACAGCCAUAGCUGCUGCUCAGUGGUCAUCCAGCCAGAUACAACAAGGCUCAGGUACCAACACGGACUGUGUUACUCUUCCAGAGGCCUAUGCGCAGCAAUCACAGGGACAGAAUUAUCAAGGGUGGCAGCAGCAGCCUGGAGGAAUGGCUCCUGUCACUGGAGAUGGAUUACUCGGAGCUGCUCCAGAAAUGAAGACAUUAAUCCCCGCAGCAAGUGUUGUCAUAUCCCAAGCGGCUCAAAUUUACCAGCCUGUCGUCAUCAGCCAGCCUGCCGUACAGUCGCAUCAAUUAGUGAGCCCCGUCGCCGCAGCACAACACACUGCUGGUGUAUCAGUGCCAACACCAGCAGCCUCCACUGUUUCAACUACAGUCUGCGCCGCCCCGACUGUUAAUGCGACAGUUGCCCCUGACACCUCCACAUAUCAGUACGACGAGGCUUCAGGUUACUAUUACGAUCCUCAAACCGGCCUGUAUUAUGAUCCCAGCAGCCAAUACUAUUACAACUCUAAAACUCAGCAGUACCUUUACUGGGACAGUCAGAAGCAGACAUACAUCCCUGUGCCGGCUGAAUCAGACACAAGCACAGAGCAAGUGUCCAAAGAGUCCAGAGACAAGAAAGAGAAGCCUAAAAGCAAGUCUGCACAACAGAUCGCAAAGGACAUGGCGCGCUGGGCAAAAAGCCUCAAUAAGCAAAAGGACAGUUUUAAGAACAGUUUCCAAGAAUCGGCAGCAUCCACGGAAGAGGACAGGAAUGAGUCUGCAGCUGCCGAUGCAGGUUUUUCUCUCUUUGAGAAAAAGCAGAUGGGAGGCUUUGACGUGUCACCCCUCAUGACUGAACAAUUCAAGAUCACAGAGCAGGACACUAAGAUUGGGAUGUUUGCUGCUUUCAAUGGAGACAGUGACGCAGAGGAGGGCAGCUCGGAUAGGGCAGAGCACAAGGAGGGGAAAAUAACAGACUGGAAGAAGAUGGUUUGCCUGCUGUGUCGACGGCAGUUCCCCACCAAAGAGGCUCUGUUGCGUCAUCAGCAGCUCUCUGACCUCCACAAGCAAAACUUGGAAAUUCAGAGAAGAACCAAACUCAUGGAAGCUGAGCUGGAGGAGCUAGAGAGGAAAGAAACUGAGCUGAAAUACAGAGAUAGAGCUGCAGAGAGAAGGGACAAGUGUGGUGUUCCUGAACCUCCUGCACCUAAGAAGAAAUUCUAUCAACCACCAACCCAGACAGUAAACUAUGAACAGCCCACCAAAGACGGCCUACAAAGUGAUAAUAUCGGCAACAAAAUGUUGCAAGUGAUGGGCUGGCAGGAAGGCAAAGGUCUGGGGCGCCACCAACAGGGCAUCACCGCUCCCGUCUCGGCUUCGUUAAGGACCAAAGGCACAGGCUUAGGUAUUAAAGGAAGCUCAUAUGAACUCUCAGCAUCUGACACCUAUAAGGAUGCUGUUCGUAAGGCCAUGUUCUCACGCUUUACUGACGUAGAGUGAAUUAAAAGUAAUCAUACUGAACUGGGAUAAAUAUUUAUUUUGUGAAAAGGAUUCCCGUGUACAGACUCAAACUGUGAUUUCUCUGUGUACAUAAAAAAGUGGUUUUGUUUUAUAUAAAGCUACAUAUUUUGUCAAAUAUUUUCAGUUGACUGAACAUGUAAAUGUUGUAUAGUGUUUGUACAUAAAAUGAUGGUGGACUUGCUGAUGUUUGGUUUCUGUGAAGAAUCAAUGUGACGAUUAAACCCGACCUUUUGUGCUCGACAAUACUCGUCUGCUCGACGCGUUCUCUCCCUGUACAAGAAAAAAGAAACACCUCGUUAGAGCGUGUUUACCAUUUUCUAUUCUGGUAUCCUUCUCUGUCGAAGUUACAUCCUGAUUUGUCUUCAUAAUCUCUGGUA